AUGGCAGCUAAUAGUAAGAGGGAACUUCCUCCUAAAGAAGCAGCCUCAUUUAGAAAUCUUUUGAAAAAUUAUGAGCUUCGUCAAUAUAAGAAAGGUUUAAAGUUGGCUGAAUCUAUUCUCAAGAAAUAUCCUGACCACGGUGAAACCCUGGCCAUGAAAGGCUUAUUUUUGAAUAACCUUGAAAAGAAAGAAGAAGGCUAUGAAUAUGUCAAAAAGGGCCUUCUUAAAGAUUUGACGUCUCAUAUCUGCUGGCACGUAUAUGGUUUAUUAUAUCGAGCUGACAAAAAUUAUGAAGAAGCAGCCAAAUGUUAUGCGAAUGCUUUAAAGUACAACAAGAAUGAUCCCAACAUUCUUCGCGAUUUUGCUAUUCUUCAAACACAGAUGCGUCACUAUGAUGCACUUGUUGAAACUCGUACAAAACUUUUAGAAUCCAAACCCCAAAACCCUCCAUACUGGCUUGGUUUAGCUAUUGCUUACCAGCUUGUCAACAAACCAGAAAAGGCUGUCAAGGUCUUAGAAACAUUUGAAGAAACAAAGAUUCCCGGUAUUACGACCGAUUUUGAAAAAUCUGAGUUGGCAAUGUACCAAAACACCUUGUUGGAAGAAACAGGAAAUUAUCAGGCUGCUCUUGAUCACCUCUUACAGAUAGAACCCAAGGUGACUGACAAGAGAUCGUGGAAGGAAAAGCACGCCUUGUACUUGCUCAAGUUGGAUAAAAAGGAAGAAGCCGAAAUGGCCUAUCGAUUGUUGUUGGACGAGAACCCUCACAACAUCAGUUACGUGACCAGUAUUUUAUCACUAAAGGCUGCAGACAAAGCUAGUAAAAAUGACAUUCUCGCCGAGCUUUUCACUCAAUAUCCUCGCUCGAAGGCAAUCGAACAGUUAAUCCUGGAAUACGCUGAAGGAGAGUCUUUUAAUGUCAAAGCUGAAGCUACACUUCAAAAUGGAUUGAGAAAAGGCAUCCCUUCUUUAUUUGCAUCCAUGAGAAGAUAUUAUGCUAAUGCUGAAAAGCAACGCGUCAUUGAGGAUCUUGUUGUUGGAUACAGUGUUUCAUUGGAAAAGAACGGAACAUUUGGCACAAGCACAGAUAAAGAACCACCAACCGCCUUGUUAUGGUGUUGGUAUUAUCUUGCCAAGCACUAUGAUUACCACCGUCAGUAUGAAAAGGCUCUCGAGACAAUCAACAAGGCUAUUGCACAUACACCCACCGUAGUCGAACUUUACAUGACCAAGGGCAGAAUCUUGAAACAUUCUGGAAAGGUCGAGGAAGCUGCUGAAGUGAUGAACGAAGCUCGUGAAUUAGAUCUUCAGGAUCGCUUUAUCAACUCCAAGUGCGCUAAAUACAUGAUGCGAGCUGGUAGAAUCGAAGAAGCCGAAAAGAUCUUGAAGCUGUUCACACGUAAGGACGUUGAGCCUGUACAAGACUUGACCGAUAUGCAAUGUCAAUGGUUCAUGGUUGAGGAAGGUCAUGCCUAUCUCCGUAAAAAGGAAUACGGCAAAGCUUUAAAGCGAUUCCACUCUAUUGAAAAAAUCUACACAGACUAUUAUGACGAUCAAUUUGAUUUUCACAGCUACUGUCUUCGUAAACUGACACUUCGCGCUUAUGUUAAUGCUUUGAAAUGGGAGGAUAAAAACAAGUUGAAUCCUUUCUAUCUCAAGGCUGCCAAGGAAAAAUUAAAGGAAGAGGCUGCCAAGGCAAAGACAGAUAAAAAAGUGACUGAUUCUGAUCCUGAUGGCGAAAAGUAUGUCAAUACAGAGAAGCCCUUGGAGGAAGCUCUCAGAUUUAUCAAACCAUUGGAACUUUUGGCUCCUGAGUCAGCAGAGGUCAACGCUUUAGGAUUCGAAGUGUACAUUCGUCAAAACAAGCUACUGUUAGCGGUUAAAGCUUUAUCUAAAAUAGCAAAGGUUGACAAGAAAACUUCAUGCUUUGAAAGUAGAAUGGAACGGUUCGAGAAAGCUUACAAGGCACAACAAAAAGAUUUAGAUUCUAAAAUUACUCAAGUUAUCGAUUCCCAACUUGCUGAAAUUCGUAAACUUUAA